AUGAAAAGAUUAGACUUACAAAUGUUUACAAAUAUCUCAGAUGAAGAAAUAAAAUGGUUGACAUUGAUCAUCAUUGUUUAUAAAAGAUGGCGUUAUGAUGAUUUUGAUAAAACUAGGAAUGAAUUUUUAAAAUCACUACUUACAGUUGAUGUUUAUAGAAGAAUAGAGAAUCACCUUGAAGAACAAGUAAAGUUUACAGGUGAAGUAUACAUUAAGUUUACACACUUUAUCAAUAUUACAUAUACACCAGAUAGGAAAAGUCUCAGCACUCUUGAUGAAAAGCUUAGCAAAGAUCAUAUUUCAUAUGUACUAAUACAAGUUAAAAAUUGGUCUACAGAUAAUAAAGGUGAUGACUAUCUACUCUCUACAACAGCUUCACUGUCACCAGCAUAUAUAGGCAUCGAGGAACUUCCACAUAUGCCAUUUUUGUCAUUGUAUUUGCAAUUAGGUGCAACAAAAGAGUUUAUUGAUGUUCCAACAGAAUUUUUUGAAUCACCUCAAACAUAUUAUCAAACAGAUGAUGAUGAAGCAAGAGAAAAUUUUAUUAAGAAGAUUAGAAUUGAUGACAAUAAUGAUGCCUCAAAUGCUGAAAUCACAGCAUUCUGUGAACAUUUUCAGAUGCCACUUGCAUUAUUUGGAUUAUCUUCAAAUAUCUAUAGUUGUUUGAAACAGUUUACAUCAAAUCCCACAACCUCAUCAUUAGAUUUCACAAGUAGCUUUAAGCAAUUAUUGACUGCUUGGGUUGAUCCCACACUUGGAGAAUGUCCAGAAAAAAUGAAGAUAAUUAAACAUAUGGAACCAUUGGUAUACAAGAUGGAGUAA